GUGAACCACGUCAUAAGCCUGAUUCAUUAUUUUGGGUGAGCUCCAAUUUGUAAAUAGCUGCCGCAGCUUCCCCGCUAAUAAAUGAAACGGAGUUCGUAUGGAAGGCGACCGAAAGCUGGCUGCUUCUCUGACACAACACGCUGUCACUGAGAUCUGAUGUAGCAUGGAAUGAAAAUACUAAAUUGCUUUUGCAUGCAGCUAGCCACCUGACGAAGACGAAGAGAGGAGCAUAAAAUCUGUACGCGUGCUUUGAUGGUAUUGACCUGCGAUAAAAAGCGCCGCGAGUCGCUGUAUGCUUUCAUUCCACCGCUGACCGUGGUGCAUGCAUGUAUCUACCUUAUAUUACGAACAGAGAUUGAAUAUUCCCUUAUCAAGAAGGGUUUGCACUUUGUGACAUAUCACGAGAAAAGCAUACAUACUGAGCAAAUAGUGGGAUUCCUGUGUAUUGAAAUAUAUUAAAAACACAGUGACCAGUCCAACGGUUUAUGAGAUAGCGAUGACGUCUGCAAUGCCGGAUUGAUGCAUCGUGAAUCUAUUUUUCUCCAUUACAGAGAAAGCGAAAUGGAGUAAACACAUUGCACGACUUGAGGAUUUUAUUGGUGAUUGUAACGGUGGAUAGAGAGCUGUUUGUGUUUCUCACGUCAUACUGUACCUAUCAUAAAAAGAUGAUCGUGUAUUCAACUACCACAGGAUGCGGCAAAAUACGGAUGUAACCCGUCUAGCAAGAGAUAUGCGGAACUUAUAUUAAUACUGUGAAUGUGCAAUGUGCGUUUAAGGAGCUAUAGAUUAUCUUUCAUCUAGUCAUUUCGUGCUGAAUUAAUAUAUGAAAAAGAUGUUCUUGAUCUAGAAAUGGACUGGAUAUAACAAUUUGACAAACGUUGAUUUAGGAGAUAGAGAAGAAGAGACGGGUCAACGAUGGUCAUGGCAGAUGAAGAAUCACCAUCGACGGAUCCGAAAGAGGACCAAGUUGUUCCUCUGGGUGAGGUUCUUGGUGAAGCCGAGGCUCGGUUUGGUCCUAUGCCUACCUGCCUCCGAUCUAUCCUACUUCCACCACCAACACACCCAUUAGUCUCGACCACCAUCUCAACCACCGUAUCGCAUACCGUCUUGACCGACGCUUCCAAUUCUUGCCCUGGAUCGGAUCCUAGUCUAGACGUCAGUGGUGCUCUUGGUUUAUCCGAGAAAGAUGGAACCAGACAAACUGCUGGAGUUGACCACGAAGGUGGUAUUAUUUCACUCGACGAAAUCGCUUUAGUUUCCUCCUUAUCGUCUUCCCACAACACAAACUCUUUCGACACCGCCGAAAGUCGGACGAAGUCGGACACCAUCUUUCUCGAACUUGACGACGACUACGACGAGAAUGCCCGUCGAAGUCCCGACUCGGGCUGCUCGAUGAGCGAGGCAUCGGCUGAGGAUAAGGUCUCCAUCGCGUCUACCGUAUCGGCGUCAUCCGAUGAUGGUGGCUUCUCAAGAUUGGGACAUCAAAUUCAUCGUCUCAGACAGGAUAUGAAAGAACUUCGAGAGCAAGAUGUCGCACUCGCCCGCCAGCUCCUCACCGUGUACGACUACGUCGAGGAGACCAAGUGGUUUCUUGAGAACUUCGAAGCAUGUGAUACCCGACACUCGAUCACCGGUCCGAUGACGUCGACAGAGCGUCGUUUCUCGCAGAACUUCCAGAAGAGGAUGUCGGAUUUCGGUCUGAAGGGGAUUCCCCACAGCGGGUUUGCCACGCCCCCUUGCUGGACAGAGCUAAACGGCGGUGCGGCGACGUCGAAGCGACAUAGCAGGAACAUAUCAGAUGGGAUGAUUAGUAUUGAGCGUCUGAGGCGAAUCUACCAUGAAAACAACAAUAAUGCAGCCAUGGAGAACCCAGGAGUGGAUAAAUCAGAAAGUUGUGAAGCUCUUCCAGAGGGUCCGUUAUUGGAUGGGUCCGUCAUCAAGAGCAGAUCACCGAGGUCAAUGACCAGGAGAAGCAUCUCCUCCAACUUCUUAGAAAUCAGCUUCAAUUCGAUGACAUCCAAAGUGGAUCACGGUCGCCAUCAGGGUCCACUGUCCCCGAUCUCCGAUUCGGGAAAAGUUCCGACUAUGGAUGAGGAUGCUGAUGGUGAUGGGGAGGAGGAUGUGCAUUUACAGUCGACACAAAAACCCCAAACGAACUCUCUAGACAGGACUGGGCAAGAUGCCACGACAGUUGGUGAAGAAAGAACUAGGGUUUCUGAAACUGUUUCAUUCUACAUCCCUCAUGAAGAGGAACAAUCUUCGGUAGAUUCUCAUACGACUUCCGAUCACCAGCGCGGUAGUGCUUCUUCGUCAUCGGCAUCGUCUAUGAUGUCCAUGCAAAGUUGCUCGUCGUCCACCGAUACGUGCACCAAAUCGAAUUCUUCCCAGAACACCGCCGAAGAGAUGAAUAUUCCACCCCUCUCCUCGACUACGAUUCCACUCGACCCAACCGCCGAUGAGUGCAGCAUUUUCAUCGCCGACGAGUCGGAUGACAAAAUCACAGAAGAUAAUGAACAUUUAAUGUCCUCCUUUGAAAGUCAUAUGAACUGGCUUCAGGACCAAGAUGAAACACUUCUUUAGGAAUUGAAAUAUAUAUAUAUAUAUAAG